GCGAGAUUUCCCGCCGCACUCUCGUGUUGUUGUUAUUGUGAUGAUGGCGGCGGGCGCGGAGGCUCCGGAAUCCUGGUAUCUGGCGCUGCUCGGGUUCGCCGAACACUUUCGGACCUCCAGUCCUCCCAAGAUCCGCCUGUGUGUGCACUGUCUACAGGCCGUCUUCCAGUUCAAGCCUCCGCAAAGAGUCGAGGCCCGAACGCACCUGCAGCUGGGCUCGGUUCUCUACCACCACACGAAGAACAGCGACCUGGCCCGCACGCACCUCGAAAAAGCGUGGUUCAUCUCACAGCAAAUGCCACAGUUUGAAGAUGUUAAAUUUGAGGCUGCCAGUCUUCUCUCUGAGCUUUACUGCCAACAGAACCUGGUUGACUCAGCGAAACCACUGUUACGUAAGGCCAUCCAGAUCUCCCAGCAGACCCCAUACUGGCACUGCAGACUCCUGUUUCAGCUGGCGCAACUUCACACUUUAGAGAAGGAUCUUGUGUCAGCAUGUGAUCUGUUGGGUGUCGGUGCUGAAUACGCCCGAGUCGUUGGAUCUGAAUACACCAGAGCUCUCUUCCUGUUGAGUAAAGGCAUGUUGCUGUUGAUGGAGAGGAAGCUACAAGAGGUUCAUCCACUCCUGACGCUGUGCGGACAGAUCGUGGAAACCUGGCAGGGAAACCCCAUCCAGAAGGAGUCACUGCGCGUUUUCUUCCUAGUGCUGCAGGUGACGCAUUACCUGGACGCUGGACAGGUGAAAAGCGUGAAGCCGUGUCUGAAGCAGCUCCAGCAGUGUAUUCAGACCAUCUCGACUCUUCAUGACGAUGAGAUCCUGCCCAGUAACUCAGCAGAUCUCUUCCACUGGCUGCCAAAGGAGCACAUGUGUGUGCUCGUCUACCUUGUGACCGUCAUGCACUCGAUGCAGGCUGGAUAUCUAGAGAAAGCUCAGAAAUACACAGAUAAAGCCCUCAUGCAGUUAGAGAAACUGAAGAUGCUGGACUGCAGUCCCAUUCUGUCUUCAUUUCAAGUCAUUCUGUUGGAGCACAUCAUCAUGUGUCGCCUGGUGACCGGACACAAGGCUACAGCGCUACAGGAGAUCUCUCAGGUGUGUCAGUUGUGUCAACAGUCUCCACGGCUUUUCUCCAAUCACGCUGCUCAGCUUCACACGCUGCUGGGUUUGUAUUGUAUCUCUGUGAACUGCAUGGACAAUGCUGAGGCUCAGUUCACUACUGCUCUCCGGCUGACCACACAUCAGGAGUUAUGGACGUUCAUUGUGACUAACCUGGCAAGCGUUUACAUCCGAGAGGGAAACAGACAUCAGGAGCUCUACAGUCUUUUAGAGAGGAUAAACCCAGACCACAACUUUCCCGUCAGUUCUCACUGUCUACGAGCAGCUGCCUUCUACAUUCGGGGGCUUCUGUCCUUCUUCCAGGGUCGGUACAACGAAGCCAAACGUUUUCUCCGUGAGACCCUCAAGAUGUCCAAUGCAGAGGAUCUGAAUCGUCUGACUGCUUGCUCUCUGGUGCUGCUGGGACACAUAUUCUACGUGCUAGGAAACCACAGGGAGAGUAAUAACAUGGUGGUUCCAGCGAUGCAGCUGGCCAGUAAGAUUCCUGACAUGUCAGUGCAGCUGUGGUCAUCCGCUCUACUGAAGGAUCUAAACAAGGCUUGUGGCAAUUCAAUGGACGCCCAUGAAGCUGCGCAGAUGCACCAGAAUUUCUCUCAGCAGCUCCUGCAGGAUCAUAUAGCCGCCUGUAGCCUGCCUGAACACAACCUCAUCAGUUGGACGGAUGGACCUCCACCUGUGCAGAUUCAGGCCCAGAAUGGACCCACGACCAGCCUGGCCAGCCUGCUUUAAAGCUCGCACACACUGUACAUACAUAUCAACCUCCUCCCUCCCCUUAAACUUUCACAGGAAUAUUACGAACUCCGCUGCCAUCGCCCUGCAGAUUCUUUUUUAUCUUGUAUUAUUGAGAUUUUAACUUAUUGAGGUUGCUGACGGUUUGGGUCAUAAGGUUGUUAUUUACUUAGUCUUCAGGAAUGUUGUGGAAUUGAUUGUGUUCCGAAUAAGGCUGUAAAACGUAAUGAAACAUUUACAGGUUUACAUCAACUAAACAGAUGAGGUGACUUCACGCAGACAGAUGCAUAAACUCUGAAUUAACUUGAAACUGAAGGCGUGCGUCACUGUUACUCAAACCGCAGAUGGUCGUUGGACUUGAAAAAGUCAAAAAAAGCAAAGUUUUUGGUCAUGAUGGAUUAUUUUCCUUACAUGGUUAAUGCCCAAAACAGUUAGAUUUCCUUAGAAAAUUUUAGGAGACAUAACA